AACUUUACCAUUUCUACGAGUGUCAAAAGGGCGCGAGGGAAGAGAAGAAUCUAAAGAAGCAGCACGAGCAGCUUUUUCUGUUCUCACUUACAAUAUUUCAACAAAGCACUAAGCAUUAUCCUCGUGAUACAGGGGGAGAGAGAGAGAAAUCAAUAGCAAAACCAAGCAGAGCUGCUGAAGGAGGAAGGGGUGUUUGCUGGGGAAAAAUGACCGCCGGUGGAUCCUCAGGGAGGUUGCCGACGUGGAAGGAGAGAGAGAAUAACAAGAGAAGAGAGAGGAGGAGAAGAGCUAUAGCUGCUAAGAUUUAUGCAGGGCUUAGAGCUCAGGGGAACUUUAAGCUUCCUAAACACUGUGAUAAUAAUGAAGUCUUGAAAGCUCUCUGCGCUGAGGCUGGCUGGAUCGUUGAAGAUGAUGGCACCACCUAUCGCAAGGGCUGCAAGCCACCCCCACCAGAGAUUGCUGGCAUUCCAACAAACAUCAGUGCAUGUUCCUCUGUUCAACCCAGCCCACAAUCGUCAAAUUUCCCCAGUCCUGUACCUUCCUACCAUGCCAGUCCAACAUCCUCCUCAUUCCCAAGUCCCACUCGGUAUGAUGGAAAUCCCUCCACAUACCUUCUUCCUUUCCUCCAAAACAUAGCUUCAAUCCCCACGAAAAAUCUUCCUCCUCUUAGAAUAUCCAAUAGUGCUCCUGUAACCCCACCACUUUCUUCACCAACUUCUAAAAGUUCAAAGAGGAAAGCUGUCUGGGAAUCCUUUUCAAAUGGCUCUCUAAAAUCUUUUCACCAUCCUCUUUUUGCUGUUUCUGCCCCUUCCAGCCCUACACGCCGCCAACAUCUUACACCAGCAACAAUACCAGAAUGUGAUGAGUCUGAUGUCUCCACUGUGGACUCUGGCCGUUGGGUGAGUUUUCAGGCAGUUGCUUCCCAGGUAGCUCCUCCUUCACCAACAUUUAAUCUUGUUAAACCAAUGGCUCAGCAGAGUGGUUUUCAGGAUGGAGUUGACGGGCAUGAAAGAUUAGGGUGGGGGGCCACAGCGGAGAGGGGGAGAGGGCUAGACUUUGAAUUUGAGAAUGGCAGGGUGAAGCCAUGGGAGGGUGAGAGGAUUCAUGAGAUAGGGGUGGAUGACCUUGAGCUCACACUUGGGUGUGCAAAUUAAAGGCCCAUUAAGCUAAUAUAUAAUUAGUCUUGGGAACCUAAGAACAUGGAAAAUAAUUGGAGUUUAUUGUGCAUUCUCAAUGGUAUAAUUGGUGUGCAUUCUCAACCGUAUAAUUGGACUAUCUUAGCUAAUGGAAUGCCAUUGCUAGGGGCUUACCUGUGACUUCUGUGAUAGCGUGGAAACCUUGAAUUCGCAUUCGAACAUGAAUUCCGUGCAUCCAAUCUUUCCUUUUAGAUGUACAGUUCCUUUUUCUUGAAUCCAUUGCAGGAAUCUGAAUUUAUCUGAUUCAGUCGCUUUUGAGCAAAAUUUCUUGCAGGCUUUCAUGGAAGGGCAAAGCUAAAGAUCCCAAAUUUUCUUGUACAGGGAAAAGAUUGGUGCUAGUGGAUUUGGAAGAUUGUAUUCUUCCUUCAUCUGUUCAUAUUUUUUCUUCCAUUUUUCGUUGAUUAUAGUGCCCUAUUCACAUGUUAAUAGGAUGGCCUUUGCAAGCUUCAAAUAUUUAGCAUAUAGAUUGUGUAUCUCGUUGGGGAUUAUUGAGCUGUUUCUCAUGCUCUGUAGACUUUGAAGAAACACAAUCUCAGAGCUAUAAUUGAAGCUGAUCUUUACUUUUUGACUA